AGACAUAAAAAGGCCGGGCCGGAGAGAUAGCCGCAGCCACCAACCCUGGACCCCGUGCCCGCACCAUGGCCGGCCCCAGCCUCGCCUGCUGCCUUCUCGGCCUCCUGGCUCUGACCUCCGCCUGCUACAUCCAGAACUGCCCCCUGGGAGGCAAGAGGGCCGCGCUGGACCUUGAUGUGCGCAAGUGCCUCCCCUGCGGCCCCGGGGGCAAAGGGCGCUGCUUCGGGCCCAGCAUCUGCUGCGGGGACGAGCUGGGCUGCUUCGUGGGCACGGCCGAGGCGCUGCGCUGCCAGGAGGAGAACUACCUGCCGUCGCCCUGCCAGUCGGGCCAGAAGCCUUGCGGGAGCGGGGGCCGCUGCGCCGCCUCCGGCAUCUGCUGCAGCCCGGACGGCUGCCGCGCCGACCCCGCCUGCGACCCGGAGGCCGCCUUCUCCCAGCGCUGAGCGGAUGGGCCCUGGACACUGUCGGGGCGCACCCCUUGCUCCCUCCAUAGCCCUCCCAGAAAUAAUUAAAAUAAAAUAAAGCAGAUUUUCCCCUCCAA